GCAGAGUCCAUUUUCCUCUUUUCUCUUACUGUUGUGCUAGAACUACUGCUCCCCCAGAUACCUUCAUCUGUAAUUCUUCCUCGCAGCAGCGCGAGGAUCCCCUUAUCGAUACACAAUGGCUGAGACUCAGGCCCCCGAGGUUGACUACACCCUCAACAACCCCGACACCUUGACCAAGUACAAGACCGCUGCUCAGAUCUCCCAGAAGGUUCUCGAAGCCGUCUCAGGAUGGUGUGUUGAGGGCAGCAAGAUCGUUGAGCUUUGCCAGAAGGGUGACCAGCUCCUCGAGGAGGAGAUUGCCAAGGUCUACAAGGGCAAGAAGAUCCAGAAGGGUAUCGCUCACCCCACCACUGUCUCUCCCAGCUCCUAUGUGACUCCCUACACUCCCCUGGUGUCCGACGCUCAGGAGGCCGAGACUACCUUGAAGGCCGGUGAAAUCGCCAAGAUCCAGCUUGGUGCUCAGAUCGAUGGCUUCGGUACCAUCGUUUGCGACAUGGUCGUUGUCGCCGACAGCAACUCGUCUGCCGAUGUGGUGACCGGCCGCGAGGCUGACCUUAUCCACGCCACUCACUACGCCAACGAGCUUCUCCUGAGACUUAUGGUUCCCCCUGGCCUGCUCGCCAGCGGAACUGAUGAGGAGAAGCAGAAGGCCGCUGCCCAGAAGCCUCCUACCCAGGCUCAGAUCACUCAGUUGAUUGAGAAGGUUGCCAAGGCCUACGACUGCAACGUUGUCGAGAACACCACCAGCUGGCUGUUCGACCGCAACGAGAUCGAAGGCGAGAAGAAGAUCAUCCUCUCGCCCGGCGCUGGUGUCAAGGGCGAGGGUGUCCCCGAGGUCGGUGAAGUCUGGGGUGUUGAGCUUGGUCUGUCUCUCGGAUCCGGAAAGGUCAAGACCCUCCCUCACCGUGCUACUCUCCACCGCCGUACCACCACCACCUACGGCCUCAAGCGCCCUAGCUCCAGACAGACUCUCUCCGAGAUCGUCAAGAAGUUCGGCCAGUUCCCCUUCAGCUUGCGCCAGCUGGAUGAUGAGAAGUCUGCCAAGGUUGGUGUUGUCGAGUGUGUCCGUGGUGGUGUCCUGAGACAGUACGAGCCCGCCGGUGAUGCCGACAACGCUCCCGUGUCCCGCGUCCUGACCACUCUUGCUAUUACCAAGAACGGCAUCACCCGUCUUGCCGCUCCCACCACCCCUGAUCUUUCCAAGUUCCAGACGGACAAGAAGAUCGAGGACGAGGAGAUCCUUGCGAUCCUCGAGCGCCCGUUGGCCAGAUCCACCGGCUCCAAGAAGAACAAGAACAACAAGAAGAAGACCGCCGCCAAGAAGGCUGACGAGUAAAUCAUCGUCUGACCUGGGCGUCACAUCUGCCGUGUCCGUGGGCGUGUUGGUUUGGCUCAAAUGAAAGCCUAUGAUUUCUUUGCAGGAAACAUUCUUCGUCAUACCGAAGCAUUGGCGAUGCGCGCCAUUACAACGAUCCUUUUUGGAGUUGCAUCCAGGGAGUUCUGCAGAUGAUGAGGGAUGGGGGAAAUCCGUGCGAAAGAUGAGCCAUGUGGGAGACUGAUGUCUUCCAUAAUACCCUAUUACAAAACCUGUUGUUACAUAACUAGUUCAGAAGUUCAGAAGAUGUGAUAUGUAAAUGCUUGAAUAAAAAGGAAGCAAAAAAAUGAGGCAG